CGUCUUUCCGCACCCUCCUCCCUCCGCCACGUAUGUUGCCAUACGUUGCAGAUGGGCCGGAUAGAUGUCUGGCCACCUUUGCUCCGGUGCCGGUGGCAUAGGGGGCUCUCGGAAGCUCGGUGCCUCUCCAGCCAGCCCUUGGGGCUCAAGAGGGGGUGCUGCAGAGCACCGCCCUGGCUGCCCGCGAAGGGCACACACGGAGCGAGCCGCCCGCAGCGAGCGUGCCACAUGGCAUCGCCUGCCAGCUGCCUCCGAUAGGACUGCGCCUGGCGGCCACAGGUAAGACCUCGCGUUCGGGGCAUGGCGACGCGCGGGCAGCAGGGCCUGCCGCACCUGGUGCAGAGCGGCAGCCUGGACGCCCUGCGGGCCGCGCUCGGGCCUUCCGCCAAGAGGUGGAUCAACGUCGACCAGCAGACUCUCCUCUUCUUCGCGGUCCUCCGAAAGGCAGACUGCAAGGAGGUCUGCGAGCUGCUCAUCGACGUUCACGGCGUCGACCCCAACGCGGAGGACAAGCGCGGUCAGACAGCCCUGCACUACCUCGCCAAGACCGGGCACGUGUCCUGCGUGGACCUGCUCAUCUCGCGAGGCUGCAGCGUCGACCACGUCGACGAGAACCACUACCAGACGCCGCUCUUCUACGCGGCCAGGUGGAGCACGCGCCUCAUGGUCAAGUGCCUCGUGGAUCACAAGGCGGACGUCAACUUCAAGGACUCGAGCCAGCAGACGCCGCUGUUCUACGCGAGGAGCUUGGAGGUGUGCGAGGAGCUCCUGCGCGGCCGCGGCGACGCGUGCCUGGCCAUAGACACCCACGGCGUCACGGUCGCGGAGUCGCACUGGCAGCGGCAGCAGUACGAGCUCGCCGACUUCCUGGCAACGUGCGCGGAGGCGCUCAGCCAUACGGGCCGCAUGACUUGGGCGGUGCAGCGAGCUGCUGCCUCCCCUGGCGUAGCAGGCGCCCGCGGCGGCGCCAGCGGCGCCUACGGAAACUGGGAGGCGUACGCCACCUCCGUGGCGCGGGGGCGCGACGUCAAGCAGCUGUGCCAGUUGGAGGACGAGUUCGUGGAGGACCACCGGCGGGUGCUAGGGAGCGAGGUGCCAGAUGCCGAAUUCUGGAGCCAGAUCGGCCUCAGCCCGGACGCCGCGAAGCGGCGCAGCACGAUCCAGAGCAUCACGCAGGUGACCAAGGGCUCGGGCAAGCGGCACUACACCCUGAAGUGCCUGCACCUGCCCCCCAACCCGCAGCGCCAGGCCGGCCCGCCGCGCCUCCGGGCGUGCCGCGUGGCCGGGUACGUCUACUUCAAGAUCUGCGAGGGCGACCGAGACCGAGAGGAGAGCGCCGGGACGCGCGGCGCCCGCGCCGCUGGCGCUGAGCUGGCUGGCGCACAGAGCACCCGGGCCCACAUCGUCGUCUCGCACCUGAAGGUCAACGCGGAGCACCAGCGGCGGGGCGUGGCCACGCUGUUGCUGGCCGGGAUGCUGCAGCUGGUGGAGACGGAGCACGGAGGUUUUGACCUCAGCCACCUGUACCUCUCCGUCGUCGCGGAGAACGCCUCGGCCGCGGCGCUGUAUCGCAAGCUCGGGUUCGUGGAGACCUACCGGGACGGCGAGACGGUGGAGUGGCUGCACAUGAAACUGGUGCUGGCCGCUGGCUGUGAGGGCGCGCCAACCAGCGCGGCGACGAGAGACGCAUGGCUGCACCGCGUGAGGGGUACGAGCGGCAGCUUGGCCAGCGACGGCGUCCAGCCCAAGCAGCAGCAGACCAAGCGGAAGCAGGUUCAGGUCUCGAGCAGGCUCUCGAGGCGGAGGCUGGAGGUGAAGACGCCCACAUCCGCAGGGGCAUCGGCACUGUCCACAGUAAGUUCCACGUCGGCAGGGGGCACCACGAUGGUUUCAGGCUCUUCUUUAGAGUCGGCGCGCCGUGCAAACUACCCGACGCUGUCCUACUGAGUUGCCCUCCCACUGCCGGUUUUGCGGGCCCAGGUGCUCGUCGUCCUCCUCCUCCGCCUCCGAAGGCGCCAGUGCCCCACCGUUCUAGAAAGAGGAGAGGGCAGCUAGCUGGCCGUAUCCAUGACACGCCAUCAAUGCCGACCUUGCUUGGGCGCCCCUGUGCGGAUAAGGGGUCCGCAGCGAGGCCCAGUUAGAGUUUUGCGUAGACAUGUGGUGCUGUUGUUCGCUGGAACAAACAAUGAAGCACCACACCUGAUGCCCCCUCGGGUGAGGGCGGAGCUGAGUAGUGCAGGUUAGAAUGGCACAGUAGGUCCGCCCGAUGGCGUGACGAGCUCGAUCCACAGAUUGCAUCCCACGUCGUCUCUCC